AUGACAGAUUGCAGGGUUUAUUCUCAUGGUGGAAAUUUGACUCUUAUUUCAGUGUCUUAUAUAAUGAAUGUAUACAAGCACAAGUUGAUGCACAAACAAGCAAUUGCACUGCUUAAGCAAAUGUUAGUGGGACUCAAGAAUGCAAACAAUUUAGAUGUUACUAUAGCAACUCUUUUUCAAAAUGAUCCCGACAUCAUAAAGGAAGCUAUAAAGCUUGGAAACAUAGAAUUUGUAAGGGAGUGUCUCAAGCGGUACGGUUUCCUGGUAUGGUACAACAUAGGGGAUCAAAAAAUGAUAGAAAUGGCUAUUGCAGAAAAAAAUGUAGAAAUAGUAAAUUUAAUAUGUGAUUGCGGUGAUGUUGAAUUUGAAGAUAAAAUCACUUUGCUUUCUGUGAUGGAUAAUAAUGACAACACAAUCUUGCAUCACGCUGCCAAGUUAGCGCCUUCUGCGAAACUCAAUAUGAUUUCAGGUGUAGCUCUUCAGAUACAACGAGAAUUGCAGUGGUUUAAGGGAGUAGAACGUAUGUUAAAGAUUAAUUACAAGGACAAGAGAAAUAAAGAAGGAUAUACGGCUCGAAGUAUAUUUACAAAAGAACACAAAGAAUUGGUGAAGGAAGGAGAGCAAUGGAUGAAGGAUACAUCUGGAUCCUGCAUGCUAGUUGCUGCCCUCAUUGCUACUGUAGCAUUUGCAGCUGCUUUUACCGUUCCUGGAGGCAAUAUUAGUGACAGUCAUAGCUCUAAAAACGGUACUCCAGUUUUCUUGGGAAAGACCUCAUUUACCGUGUUCGCUGUAGCAGAUUCCUUCGCUCUUUUCUCUUCUAUAACAUCAGUACUCAUGUUCUUAGAUGUAUAUACUUCGCGAUAUGCAGAAAUGGAUUUCCUGAAGUCUUUGCCACAGAAAGUAAUUAUAGGCCUUACGACUCUUUUCAUAUCUAUGGCGGCAAUACUGGUAGCUUUUUGUGCAUCAAUAUUUAUCGUGAUUGGAGACAUGUCUCCUCAGAGUCUAAUUCUUAUAGGAUUGUUUGGUUGUGUCCCUGUGACCUUGUUUGCAUGGUUGCAAUUGCCAUUGUUUUACGAAAUGGUCCAGUCCACAUAUUGGGGUGACCACUUUGAAAAACACAAAUACAUCGACCCUAGAGUGGAGAAGAUAAUAACAAAAAGAAAGAGAGUAUAG